UUUUUAACACAUACUUUGUAAUAUGUUGUAUUUUGCAAUUCAUUUGUUGCUAAUAGCUUCUCACUCUUAAAUAUUCUGUUAAAAGUGUAUCUGUUUUAUUUUCAGAUUAGAUGACACGAAUUUUCAUCUUACUGCUUGAUGGACUUCAGAAAGUUGUGGACAUCAUUUGGAGGAAAAAAAACAACAACUAAAAAGCCAAGAAAAAGUAUUUUCACACAUAAGAGUCACAGAACUUUAUGCCAGUGCAAAAGAAUAAUGAAUUCUACAAUGUUUCAGUACACCACAGAAGACAGAUAUGCAGAAGCUUUUGCAAAAAAUUUCACCACUGUUCUUGUCGGGGUCAUGGUUAACUGCAUCAAUGGAAUAUUUGUUUUCACGUUCUUCAAGAGUUCAAUUUUCUACAAUGAUCCGAGAUAUAUAUUAUAUAUUCACAUGGUUAUCAAUGAUAUGCUCAUGGUUUUUUUCAGUGUAAGUCUUCUUGUGAUGGCUUAUGCAUGGCCAAAAGUUCCUGUUCCGUUCUGUGUCACACUGCUAAUAAUAGCCUCAACAACUCAUAAGAACACUCCUCUGACUUUGGCCGGUAUGGCCGUUGAGCGUUACAUCGCCAUCUGCAAACCACUGCAUCACCAUCAGAUUUGCACAGUGCGCAGGACCUACAUCCUUAUCACUCUGAUAUGGGGUGUAGGAGUUUUACCUGGAUUGGCUGACUUGAUUCUUCUGUUAAUUGUUCGUCCUUUAUCUGUUUUUACAACAAGUAGUCUCUGUAGUACAACUAAUGUGUAUAGCACGCCGUACCAUGAAGACCAGAGCAAACUUACACAUGGUAUUUAUACAUCUAUUGUGUGGGUAAUUCUUGUAUACACAUACUGUCGAGUGCUGAUUGCGGCCAGAAGGGCCACCGCUGAUAAAUCCUCAGCAAAAAAGGCCCAAAACACCAUCCUGUUACAUGGAGUACAGCUUCUGCUCUGUAUGCUGUCCAACAUUACCCCUAUUAUAGACAAGAUUUAUGGCCAACUUGUACCUACUCUACGGUCAAAAAUCACCUUUUUCAAUUAUCUUCUUACAAACUUAUUACCACGACUACUUAGCCCCCUUAUUUAUGGUGUUCGAGAUAAACAUUUUUGGAAAUACAUGAAAGGACUUUUUUCGUGUAGGUUACUUAAUGUAAAAGUUGAAUCAACCAAGCAGUGAGCUAAAAAGGUAUCAUCAUUUAAGCAUCAUUAGUAAUUAUUUUCUUAUUCUAAGCAAAAAAACAAAAACAAAAAACAUUUUUAAAAAGUGCUAUUCUCUUAGUCAUUCUGAUUUUGUAAUUAUUUCUGGGCAAAGUAGAAGGUGUGAAAAGUGUUAAAGAAUAUUAAAAAUCACGUUUGUAGCAUUUAAAAGACUGUUGUACAUUUUACAAAUAAACAAGCAUUGUCUCUCAAAAAAAUACUUGUUUUAUGGAAUAUAUCAAUUGUGAAAUUAUGUCUGAGUGGCUUUAUUUCUUAUUUUACUGUAGGCUAUCUCUAUCCUUUUUUUCUUUUUUUUGGAUACAUAAAAAUUAGUUUAUUCAUAAUUUAUUGUAUGGCCUCCAAUAGUGGAUGUCAGGAAUUAUGUUUUCAUUUGCAAAGCAAAAUGUUUCAGGGCAAGUUUUCUUCCCUGUAACACUUAAAACAUAAAUAAAACCGUUUAAUAUUUUAUUCUUGGAUGCACACUGUAUACAUAUGUCUUAAUAGUCUGAUUAAAUACACAAUUUGUAUGCAAUACACAUUAUGGUGCGACCAUUACAGAAAUACCUAACUUGACAAAAUAUAAACUUGUCAAAGUUUCAGCUAUAUGUGUUCUUUACACAGGACAAAAAGUAUCUUUCUUGUAAAAUAUCAGUGGCCACUGUGCUGUGAAGAUUCGCCUAACA